CAUGCAAUAUAAAAAUAAAAGUUCUAUUGUGCAUAAUUCGUUUAAGUUUAUGUUUUUACGUGUGUUAUUGCUAUUAAUAUAAACAAAAGCGUUAACAAUUGCAAAAGUGAGAGGCGCUCGAGAAUGCUGCAACUUCAGCUACUGAGCUAAAACGCUCUCUUGCGGUUUCAAACAACAAAGAGUACAAAAAUGUCCUGCCACUGGCAACUACAAUUUGUCAACUGCGGCCAGCAAACGUGAUAGGCGCUGCCUUAAUAAUGAAUUAAGUUUAUAUUUAUGCAUACAAAGUGUACAUAUAGUAUUAAGUUUUGUAAUGCAUGAACGUCGGGGACCAGCCACAACAGCUGCUGCAGCUGCAGCUUCUGUUGCCGGUGUUUCUGCUGCAGCAGCAACAACAACAACAGGAACAUCGACAACAACAACAACAACAACUGCCGGCUCCGAAGUGAUGUCGGCUACAGCUUCGGGCACCGAUGCGGCUGCAACUGCUGCUGCUUUGCAGGAGCGCAAGAGAUGCCACACAGGUGGCCCAGGUGGCCAGCAACAACAACGGCACCACAAUGCGAAUGGCCCACCAAAUGCCAAUAACUGGCGCCAGAAGAAGUCCACGAAUUAUAAUACCCAAUCCUGGCAGAACGGACGCAGGAUCCACUUAUAUAAUAAUAAAAGCAAUUGUAAAAAUAAAAGUAAUAGCAAUAAUAAUAAUUGGAAUAACUACUGUUCGAAUCAGUACUACCCGCAAAAUAAUCCACGCGAUUCAUAUCGUAAAUAUACACAAGACAACACAAAUUGGAACCAAUCGUCGAACUAUCGAAAGGAUAACAACAAUUGGAACCAAGCUUCAAAUUCAAAUUCGUUGAACUCCUACGAUCGCGGUGAGAGGCAAGAUUUUAGACGGGAUUCAUCGUUCCGCGAAAGAACUGAUUUUUAUAGAAAUUCAAGUGCGAAUAGAACAGAUUCCCUUGCAGGGGAAUGUGCAAAUAAGAACAGAGAACACGUAAACAAAUCAUUUCGCAGUUCCAGUUCCAGCAGGACGUGGAUAAGUGGAGAUCUCAAGAGUAAACGAUGCGAAACACAGAACAAAAGCAGCGAAACAAAUGAAAAUUGUACAAAAAGUCAAGAAAGCCAAUUGAAUCAAAAGAGUUUUGAGAGCCCAACUAAGGAAGAUCAAACUAGCAGCAAUAUUACGAUUUCAAAUCGAGAAGAAAACGAAGAAGUCCUUUCUGUACAGGAUAACAAAAUAGAUGUAGCCGAGAACAAGUCUAAAGAUACGGAUACCAUAAAAGAACACAAACACGCAACAAGAGAAUCAUCUGAAGAAAAACAAAAACCAAAUUGUUUAACAGCCAAGUCUAAAGAACAAACUGAAGAAAACAAUCCCAUAGAACUCAAAGGAGACGAAUUUAAAAGCAAGCCAGAGCGAUUUAAAGAAAUAGUUAAAGAUAAAGACAAAGCAGCUGGAAGUCCUAGAAAAGUUGUUGGUAUCCCAACCUCAACUAGAAACUACUCCGAAUUAAGAUUACUUAGAAAUAGUAUUUCGAGUGCCCUGCAACGCAAUAUUUGGCAUAAGAGUCAGCAGAAUCUAUCAGAGUCCAGGCGGUGCACAAAGCUGACUCCAAGUGAAGCCGAGCUCGAGGACAGGCCAGAGCAGAGCGAAGUCAAUAAAGCAUAUCCCAAGAUACAGGUGCGACCGCUGGCCGAACUGCUCAAGCAGGAAAUACUCGCCGUCACCCAGGAGCAGCUCCUGGCCAGCACAGGCUCGUCGACAGGCAGCAAAGCCAAGGUUACCCAAAGGACAGCGAUCCAAGCACGUCGGCGUACUGUCAGCAGCUCCGUCAGCAAUGGCCACAGCGAAAGUAGCAUCAAUGACCGCCUGGCCAAUAUGGACAAGGAGAGUCUGAAGAACAUAAUCAACAAUAGCGAUACGAUAUACAACGAGCAUCUGAAGCUGCAGGCGCGACGACGCCUGCGCGAGGAGAUACGCCGCCAGCUGAAGGCCAUUGAAUUGGAGCAGCCGAAGGAUCAUCCAGCCAAGGAUCUGGUCGAGGACGAGAUCGUUGACGCCAUCAAGUUGCCACAGUUGUUGUUGCAAGAGAUUGAAAAGUGCUUCGGCAUAAACAUAUCAGCACCUGAGGCGGAGGACAACAGCGCCGCCGCCAGGUCAACAGAGGACGGCCAGGAGACCAAUUGCGAGCUGGGUGCCAAGGAGAGCGAAACCUCCAAUAAGGAAACGACUCAAGCUCAAGAGACCAUUGCAACAGAUCACAUGGCCAAGGAGAAUUCGACGGACCUGAUGCAACGCCUGAAGGUGGCCGAGCACUUCAAGGCCAUGUCGGGCAAGAGACUUGCCAGUGGACAGCUGAUCGAAAAGGACACGAGCCAAAGCUCCGAGAGCAGCUCAGCUAAAAGUGUGGUCGGUUUGCUCAAGCCAAAGCCGCAAAGAAAAAGGACUGAGAGCAGGUGUCUAACAACUGGCAAGGAGAAGGCAGGCGCCCAGAAACAAACAGGAAAAGAGUUGCGCACUCCAGAAAAAAAAUUACCCACUUCCGAAAAGGAGCUACCCACUCCGGAAAAAGAGUUACCCGCAACAGAAGCUGGGGAUGAACUGAAACCCUCGCCCAUUAAAAAAGAAAUUGCAGUGGACUUAAGUGAUUCCGAAGAAGGCUACAAUGUUAUUGUGGUCAGCUCUUCAGAGGAUGAGGAUGAGCGUGAGGAUGGGGCACCGCCAGUGAAUAAAGCGCCCGUUGCGGAGACAAAUGGCGCCGCCAGCGAUCACUCGAACUCGUCCAGCUGCAGCAGCGAGUCCACCAAGCGUCGCUACCAGCAAAAGCUGGAGAGCGAUGCCAACAACAUUGUGGACAGCUUUGAGAAGCUGAUAUUGCCCCGGCUGAAGGAUUCGCUGGCGCAACGCUAUCGCAGCAGCCACUGCGCCAGCCUGCAGAGUCGCCUGCACUUCAUCUCCUGCGUGGUGACCAGCAGCGAGCACAACUCGCAGACAUUCAGCAAAAUCGAGGUGGCCAAGAUGCAGCAGAAUCUGAAGGCCAACGACAAUCGGCUGGGCAUCGACUUCCUCCUGCGCGAAGUCGUGAAUGUGGUGAAUCUGCAGAAGCAAACGGCGGCGGCGCGUCGCAAACAACACGUGGAGAAGGAGCAGCGUGCGCCUAACGAGCUUACCGUCAGCCCACCCGCGGUGCAGCUAAACGGAUCCAAAAGCGCUGAGCUCGCGUCUGGGCCACAUCAAAGGGACUGCAGCGGCGCGAAUGGGGCUGAGCCAGCGGCACAGGCUUUGAUGCCGCCCACGCCGCCGCGGAAUGGGACGCCGACGCCGGCUAGUGUUGCGGCUGCGACGCGGCCUCUGCACGGGCUGCCCUUGGGACUGCCGUAUGUGGGUCUGGAUUCAACUGUGCCGCGUUUGUCGCCCGGCUGCUUCUCGCCCAGCGAGCCCAUCCUGGUGAUGGGCGAUUCGGUCACGCACAGUCUGCUCGAGAUCGAUCGACGCCUGCUCGAGAAUCAAAAUCGACGUGGUUUCCUCGAGGAGAUGAUCAUGAAGUUCCAGCGAGAGAAAUCCGAUUUGGAGAUGCUCAGCCUCGAGCUGCAGAGUCGCAAGUUUCUGCUGCUCAACACGGUUAUUGCUAGGAAUCACGUCACGCCCCCAUCUACAGUUACGCCCACGAACUCGCCGCCGCCCGUGAUGCAAUCAGCCACGGAAAACGCCGCUACUGAUCCCGAAGCCAGCAAACCCAAGCAGCGCAAGCGUCGCUGUGUCCUCAAACGAGUACGCUUCCUGCCCAGACGCAGGCGUCCAGCCAAGCGCUCCAAGGAGCCCGCGGCGAACGAUGAGGCUGGCAAGUCCGAAGAAGAAGUUGCUCCAGAAGUCGAUCAGCCCAAAGAGAUUACAGCGCCUAUGCCCCAGCCCAUGACUUCGCAGACGCAAAUCAAGGUAGAGCCAAACGAACCCAGCGAGACGCCUGUUCAGUCCAUCAAGGAGAAUUACGUCGCCAGCAAACGGCCCCCAAACUCAACGUCUGCUAGGGAAUCACCCAAGCGCCAGCGCUUGACCAGAUCCGUGGCGGCAAGUAUUGCACAACAACCGCUGGACAUUAUACCACCGCUGCAGCCACCGCCGCCGCCGCCGGAGCCCUUUGCCAACAUGUCGUAUGAGCUGCCGCGCAGCCUGCUGAAGGCCAACCCGCCGCCGCCGCCGCCGCUGCUGCCUCCGCCACCCGCCGACACCCGUACGACUGCGACUGUGGAGAGCUAUAACUAUGGGUUUAUACCAAUCGGACGAUUGCAUAACAUCAGCAGUCCCAUCACCCAGAUACGCAUUUACAAGGUGCACAUCAUAGCGGCAUCGGAGAACGGCGAUGUCUUCAUGUUCAACAUCGCCAGUCACAAGCUAGAGCGCCAGAUCACCAAGCACAGCGAGGCCAUAACGAAUAUGUUUUUGUGCGAGAAGGAAUCGUUUUUGUACACCACAUCCCUGGACGGGUUCCUCAAGAAAUCCUCCCUCGAGAAUUUGGAGCGUGUCAUGCAAACAAUCUACCUAAAGGAACCCCUACAAUCUAUCGACAUCGAGUGGGGCGUUGCGUUUAUUGGCAGCCGUUGGGGCAAUAUUUUUACAUACAAUAUUGCGGCCAACAAAGUGAUGGACACGCCUCUGCUGUCCACUGGGCAGUCGAUUAUCGCUGUUAAGGCCACCAAGGAGGGCGUGCGCAAGAUUAUUCUGCUGGGCUGCAAGGGAAACUUUGUAUUCAUGCACGAUGCGGCCACCGGAUUGCUGUUGCGUCGUCUUAGCAUACCCGAUGGUCUCAAUGUGUACAGCUUACUCCUGAUUGAUGGUCACGUCUUUUGUGGCACCCAAAAGAAUGAGGUGUUCAAAUUCGACUUUGCCAGCGGUUCGAUGACCAACACGCUGAGCUGCGGUAAUGGUGCCGUCGCCAUGGCCCCAUAUGGAGAAAGAUAUUUGCUCAUAGGCUGCUACGAUGGCUUCAUCUAUGUACUGAACAAGGAAACUGGCCGUCAAUUGGGUCGUUUCAAAGGACCUGGACGUUUAGUUCUUGCUCUGGCCAUCGCCGGCGAUAAGGUCGUCACUUCGUCAAAGGACAACUCCUUGGAAAUAUUGGAAAUACCGUCAGAAUUGUUCAAUCUGGAUCAGUCAGCUUAAAUAAUUGAGUGAUCUGUAAUUUUAAUACAAAUUCUAUUUUCUGAAAUUUUCGACUUAGUUAUAGUUUUAAAAAUACUCCUUUCAAUAAUUUAAUUUAGGAGCCUUUCUUCUGUAUUUACAAUUAAAAAUGUUUAAUUUAAA